AUGGCUUAUCUCUUUCGGACAACAGCACUGGGUGCAUUUGCACGACUGAUUACGGGGAACAAAGUCAUGGCGUUUCCAAGCGAAAAGCAUAAGUACUGUACUGGCAACAACGCUAUCUUCGCUGAGAACGAGGGGAAUGAGCAACCUUGGAUUCCAGUGACAUGGGACACUGAUGAGGAUGUAGAGAGCCCUCACAACUGGUCGACAGCAAGGAAGGUGGCGGUGUCGUCUCUUAUAUGUAUCUACACGUUCACGGUGUACUGCGGAUCAUCAAUUUACGUCCCAAGCGAAGAGCAAGUAAUGGAAGAUUUAGGCGUUUCCGAGGCUGUCGCCUCCCUGGGACUGGCUCUUUAUGUCUUCGGCUACGGUAUCGGACCCCUCCUCUUCUCUCCGCUGAGUGAGAUUCCACACAUUGGCCGAAAUCCUGUCUACAUCAUCACAUUCGCAAUCUUCAUUAUCCUAUCGGUCAUAGCCGCGAUUUGCAAAAGCGUUAUGGGGUUCCUCGUCUUGCGCUUCCUGCAGGGCUUCUUCGGAAGUCCCUGUUUAGCGACCGGGGCAGCGUCCCUGAGUGACAUGUUUUCCGUGAUAUACAUGCCGUACGCCCUGGUGGCUUGGUCUGGUGCCAUGUACUGCGGCCCUGCACUUGGCCCUGUGCUAUCUGCAUUCUCCAUAUCUGUCAAGGGUUGGCGCUGGUCCAUGUGGGAGAUUGUCUGGCUCGCAAGCUUCGUCUUCAUCUUCCUUGUGUUGUUUCUACCCGAGACAUCGACGCCAAUGCUGCUGUUUCAUAAGGCCAAACGUCUCCGGCAAGAGACUGGUUCGGACCGAUUCGUCACCAUCGAUUCCUUGCGGUCUAAGGGCGUCUCACGCAGCCAACUGGUCAAGCUUGCGCUGAUCAAGCCGUUUGAGAUCACCCUCAAGGACCCCGCCAUUGCAUUCGCGAAUUUCUACACUUCUCUUACAUACGGUAUUUACUACUCCUUCUUCGAAGUAAUACCUAUUGUUUAUUCCAAAGAAUACGGUUUCAACAAUGGCGAGACUAGUGCCGUAUUUGUCUGUGUCCUCAUUGCAUGCAUAAUUGGCGCAGUUUGGUACUGCGCCUGGUACCGUGUCUUCGUCCAGCGCCGCUUCCAGCGGCUCGGCACUUUUGAUGUCCAGGAAACAUUUCUGCGCCCCGGCCUCGCGGGUGUGUUGGGCAUCCCACUCGGCAUGUUUCUCUUCGGAUGGGCGGCGCGUGCGUCGGUUCCCUGGCCCGUGCCGACACUCGGCGUCGUCUUGUUUUGCGGGUGCUCGUUUGUUGUAGGAUUAGGCAUCUUUCUACAUCUCCCGUUGAGCUACCCGGAGUACGCAGCAAGCCUAUUUGCGGCUAAUGACGCGCUGCGAAGCUCGUUUGCGGCGGGUGCGGUGCUUUUUGGGCGGCCGCUAUACUUGGACUUGGGGGUUGGAAAAGGCUGUACUUUGCUUGGUGGGUUAAGCAUUCCGCUAGUGGUAGGAUUCUGGUAUUUGUUCAUGUGUGGGGACAGGUUGAGGAAGAAGAGCAAGUUUACUAUCCAUGCCUAG